AUGGCAUGUGGAACAGAGUUCUCGGAUUUUCAUCAUCACUUUGAUUUAAUCAACUUCUUUUAUCUCCCAACCCCUCAUUCCCAAUCUAUCUAUCUAUCUAUCUAUCUAUCUAUCUAUCUAUGUACAAUUGAAAGGAUCUAUCUAUUACUCUUUCUCGUUUUCUCUCUUAUGCAUAUAAACAGACAAAAGAACGGAUCUAUCUAUCUAUCUAUCUAUCUAUCUAUCUAUUUAUCUAUCUAUCUAUCUAUCUAUCUAUCUAUCGAAUUUAAUCUGUUCAUAUCUAUCUAUCUCGAGCUAGCUAUUUCAUUCUGUGUCAUAUCAAUCUAUUUCACCCCGUUCAUUUCUAUCUAUCUAUCUAUCUAUCUAUCUAUCUAUCUAUCUAUCGAAUUUAAUCUACAAAAACGGAUCUAUCUAUCUAUCUAUCUAGCUAUUUUAUUCUGUUCAUAUCUAUCUAUCUAUCUAUCUAUCUAUUUAUUUCACGCUGUUAAUAUCUAUCUAUCUAUCUAUCUAUUUCAGUCUGUUCAUUAUCUAUCUAUCUAUCUAUCUUUCUAUCUAUUUCACGCUGUUAAUAUCUAUCUAUCUAUCUAUCUAUCUAUCUAUCUAUCUAUCUAUCGGACAUCUUUUCAUUACCUAUCUAUCGAUCUAUGUUCAUAUCUAUCUAUCUAUCUAUCUAUCUAUCUAUCUAUCUAUCUAUCUCAUGGUCUACUCAUUUCUCUUUUUUCUUUCUAUGUAAUUAUCUAUGUAUCGAUCUCUCUACAACAUUCAACUCCUAUCUAUCUAUCUAUCUAUCUAUCUAUCUAUCUAUCUAUCUAUCUAAGUCUAUUAGCUAAUCUAUCACAUUUUAUUCAUUAUCUGUCACAGUCUUUUCAUUAUCUAUAA